CUCUCUCUUUCCCUUUUUUUCAUUAUCUUUACCAAUGUUUCUCUUUGCAACCACCAUCAGCCGAUCGGCCCAAAAUCCAUCAUGCGUGGUUCUGCUUCGACGAUCGAUUACCCAAAAGGCGUUCGCCAAAACGAGCAGUCGUACAAGAACCUUAGCCAAAUCGCAAGGCAAAGUGGUCAUCCUUGGAUCCGGAUGGGCUGGUUUCGGACUUAUGCGCCAGCUGGACAAGAAGAACUAUGACGUGACAGUAGUAUCACCAAGAAAUUACUUUGUAUUUACGCCCUUGCUUGCGAGCACAUCCGUCGGCACGCUUGAAUUCCGAUGUAUUACAGAGCCCGUGCGAGGCUAUUCUAAAGAUGUGGAUUAUCAUGAAGCUUGGUGUAACAAAAUAGAUUUCGACAACCAACUGAUUCAUUGUUCAUCCAACCUCGAUGACAACAAGGACGAAAAGUUUACGCUGGAUUAUGAUAAAUUGGUGAUUAGCGUAGGUGCGUAUUCCAAUACCUUCAACACACCCGGUGUAAAGGAGCACGGUAUUUUCUUGAAGGAUAUCAAUGACGCACGUCGCAUUCGUGCUCGUGUGCUUGAAUGUUUCGAAUACGCUGCACAGCCGGGAUUAAGUGAAGAGGAAAAGUCACGCAAAUUGCACUUCGCCGUUGUUGGCGGAGGUCCAACGGGAGUGGAAUUCUCGGCCGAAUUGUACGAUUUCAUUACAGAGGACCUUUCUCGAUUGUAUCCGCAAUUGAUGGAUUAUACACGUAUGACGGUUUACGAUGUAGCUCCCAAAAUUCUCGGUAACUUUGACAAGAAUUUGUCCAAUUACGCCACCAGCAAAUUCAAACGUCGUGGUAUCCAAAUCAAGACGGGAACGCAUGUCCUUGAAGUGAAGAAAGACUCGCUUUGUCUAAAGGAAGAAGGAGAAGUUCCUUUCGGUAUGCUGAUUUGGUCUACUGGAUUGAUGCAUAAUCCCUUGGUGGAAUCCAUGACGCAGGUUGCAAAGGAGCCCAAGAGUCAGCGUAUUAUAACCGAUCGUCAUUUACGUGUACUCGACAAAGACUCCCAAAUACCGAUUCCAAGUGUUUAUGCCAUGGGAGACUGCGCCACCAUUCAAGAGUAUGAUCUUCCAGCCACUGCCCAAGUCGCGAAUCAGAAAGCCAACUACUUAAGCAAAGUUUUUAACCGUGAAGCGCGAGGAAAGGAGAUUACCGAAAAGGGGUUCAGCUUUGAUAAUCGAGGAUCCAUGGCUUACAUUGGCAAGUGGGAGGCUGUGGUGGAUAUGACACCUGUCCAUCAAAAAGCUACCGAGGGUGGCCACAUGGCUUGGUUGUUUUGGAGGUAAGCGAGGCUUCAGGUUUUGAUUAUUUAUGAUCUCAUUCACACAUGAUUUUGUAGAUCGGCGUAUCUUAGUAUGAGCGUGAGCAUGCGUAACAAGAUGCUCAUUCCGAUGUACUGGUAAGUGCAAAAAGUACUGGAUUUGAUUGACCCAUCUUUUUUAAUUCUCUCAACCCAAUGUUCAGGUUCUUGACUUGGAUGUUUGGACGAGAUAUUUCUCGCUUUUAAUCAAUGAAUAGAUUUAGGGUAUACAAUUUCCAAAAAGUAAUAAAUAUUGUGCAACAAACUGAAUUCAUUUCUACAGUACCAAAGACUCGGUGACAAAG